AUGCAGUUUCUUCAAUGGCUUUCUAAAGUUACACAAGGAAAAGCAAGAGAGGAGACAUCUGCUCCUACCAACAAGAAAAAAGAUACUAAUGAUCAAGAUCAUAAACAGAACUACAUAAUUGUAUUUAAGCGUGGGGGUGUUGGUGUUUAUCAGAAAACAAAAGGAUUUGAAGAAAGCACCUUCCCUUGUAAAAAGUUCAAGCCUUUUGCCUUUCUGUGCAGAAAGGAUAUAGCACAGGCUUGCUUUUAUAGUACCGUUCACCUGAGGAGACUUGAUAGCAUAAAUACAAGGCAGCAAAAGCAGUGUCGGGCUCGAUCCAUGAAGAUGAAGAAAGAAGAUAUUGCUAGAGGUUUGGAAAAUAGUAACAAGGUGGAUCAGGCUAAUGUAGGCAGCAAGGUUUUACCAGUAAGUGACUCGACAUUAUCAACCUCAACUAACACGAGCCAUGACCAAUGUGGAGCAUCAGAAAAGAAAGAAAGGAUUAAGGGGGACAAGACUAAAACAUUAUCAAGAAUGAAGGAGCUAAUAAGAUGGGCUGCUGCAGCAAAAUCAGCUGAAAAGGGAGGAAAAUACAUUGGCCGAAAGGUUCUGCAAUUUCGCAAUCGUGGAACUCUAAAACCAGUACCAGAUGAUGAUCAGUUAAGCGACGACUCCCCAAAGAUCAGCUUUAGAUGGGAAUUGGAAAGCUGCUCCACCACUUCCUCAGCCUACUCAGCAAUUUCAGUAGCAUCUUCAUCGAAGAAUGAUCAAGUUAUGAACAUUCAAUCUUUGGACACGAAGUUUCAAGACUCAGAUCACUGGCAACCCAAGAAAGGGAAUUGGAUCACCUCAGACUCAGACUGUACGUCAUACUUCUGA